ACGUGAAAUGGUUCGACUCAGCUUACAAUGGAAGGAAAACCGUGAGGACAAACCACAUUGCAACUUUACUUUUGGAGAAGAAAUCGGGUUGAAUGAGAGAGAAGCUACGGAAUUUCAAUAAUAUUGUAAUCACUUUAAAGAGAAGCACUUUAUUAACUUUGUACAUCCUCACAAUCUACACCAUUAAAUUUUUGAUGGUGUUGGUGAUUUGUUUCACUACGGCGAAAAGUGUGAAAACUGAGAAGUGUUUCCGGUGGCUCGUGGCUGUUAGGGUGUGAACUUGCGAACAGAGAAGGGAAGAGGAGUUUGUUUAGUAAGGAUUAUCGUUGGUGGCAUUAUUGGAGCUGGUAGGUAGGUGGGGCUAGGGUAAAUAAAUGAGAGAAACGAGGUUAAAUAAAUAAAUAAAUAAAAGGAAGAAAAAACUCUGGAGGUUGACCGGUGGAUAUUAGAGUAGAAGAAGAAGAAGAAGAAUCCCAAAAAGAGAAACCAACUCAAACUUGUUUUAUCCAUGGGUUGAUCAUCCCAAAAAAGUUUGCUUUGUUUGGGUAAAUGACCCUUAACCCUGUUUGUGAAUAAUAACAGAGUUAGGAGGUUCCGAUGACGGUCGAUUUGGACAACGCUUCCACCGCUUCAGGUGAAGCAGCCAGUGUCUCUUCCUCCGGCAAUCAGACAAAACCCGCCGCUCCAAAGAAAAAACGAAACCUCCCGGGCAUGCCAGAUCCGGAGGCAGAGGUGAUCGCUCUCUCGCCCAAGACUCUCUUAGCGACGAACCGUUUCGUGUGCGAGAUAUGCAACAAAGGAUUCCAGAGAGACCAGAAUCUGCAGCUCCACCGCCGGGGUCACAACCUGCCGUGGAAGCUGCGGCAGAGGUCUAGCAAGGAGGUCAGAAAGAGAGUGUACGUGUGCCCCGAGCCCACGUGCGUGCACCACGACCCUUCCAGAGCGUUGGGGGACUUGACGGGGAUUAAGAAGCACUUCUGCAGAAAGCACGGCGAGAAGAAGUGGAAAUGCGAUAAGUGCUCCAAGAAGUACGCGGUUCAGUCCGAUUGGAAGGCGCACUCUAAAGUCUGCGGCACAAGAGAGUAUAAGUGCGACUGCGGAACCGUUUUCUCCAGGAGGGAUAGCUUCAUCACGCAUAGGGCGUUUUGCGAUGCUUUGGCGGAGGAGAACGCCAGAUCUCACACUGUUGUAAAAGAUAUUUCGGAGAAUGAUUCCAAGGUUUUAAUCGGUGAUUCGCCACCCCCGCAGCCUGUUGCAGCCACGGUGGCUGCUACUACUGCUGCUGCUACCACCACCACCACUACUACUAUUACUUCUACUACGCAGGCAAAUAGUGUUAUGUCCUCUUGUUUGCAGACGCAUAACCUAGAUUUGCCAGAAAACAAUCCCCCACAAGUCAUUGAGGAGCCACAGGCUGCUACUGCUACUGCUAUAAGUGGGAGCUGUGGCAGCAGCAGCUCCUGCUCAACUAGCAAUGGUGGUGCUACUUGUAAUAGUAACAGUAGUAGUAGUGUGUUUGCGAGUUUGUUUGCUUCUUCAACAGCAUCUGUGACCCUACAAUCUCAAACACCAGCAUUCAGUGACUUGAUUAGAGCCAUGGGGCCUCCGGAACACCCUGCGGAUCAAAUCUCGGGUCCUUCAUCCGAGGCGAUCUCUCUUUGCCUCUCCACCACUAGUGCCUCACCAAUCUUCGCAACAGGUGGCCGGCAGUAUGCGUCGUCUUCACCGCACCCGGCCAUGUCAGCCACUGCAUUGCUGCAGAAGGCAGCACAAAUGGGUGCUGCUGCCACAAACGCCUCCCUUCUUCGCGGGCUUGGCAUUGUGUCAUCGUCACCUUUGGAUUCCACCUCGUCGGGACAGCAAAAUGUCCUGCAAUGGGGCCACCAACAGCAGUUGGAACCCGAGAGUGGCUCGGUCGCUGCAGCAGGGCUAGGACUUGGUCUUCCAUGUGAAGAUGGUGGUUCUGGACUAAAGGAAUUGAUGAUGGGAACUUCCUCAAUGUUUGGUCCUAAACACACCACUCUUGAUUUUCUAGGAUUGGGGAUGGCUGCCGGUGGCACUGCUGGUGGAGGCUUAUCUGCACUUAUCACAUCUAUUGGGGGUGGUUUGGAUGUAACUGCAGCCUUUGGCAAUGGAGAUUUUUCUGGCAAAGAUAUUGGAAGUAGCUCUUGAUAUGAUAUCUUUUGGUAGUAAGCAAGAACUGCACUUAUCAGGGCAAAAGUAUAUGAUGGGGGCCUUUCUGGAUUGUGUUGCCCCCUUUAAUUGCCAGGGAAAGAAACUGUGAUUUACUGUGUUAGAAAACGGAAGGUGGUACAAGUUACAAUACGCUUGCUCUGGAUGAAGGGUAGUUGUUGAAUUAAGGUUGUUUGCAACAAAAGGGUUUGAACUUUGGUAUGGUUGUCGUAGGUUUUGGCGACAGUGACACGUUUGAAGAUAGUAUCAUCUUGUUUCGGCUCCUUUGGUCUCCACAGUUUUGAUUAAAUUUAAAUUACGGCAUUGGAUGCUUUGGUUCGUAGUUGUUGGCAUAAUUCAGGAAACUUUGAUGAGGUAGUAGUUUUCUUCAAUUGUCGAUUUAUUGUAACAAGGUAGUUUUCCGCGUAUGCCCCAUUGUUUUGUACCAGUGAAUGGUUGAUUGAAUUCUUCUAGCAAGUAGUGUUUUUAUGUAAAUGUCAUAAAGUAUUGUAGUAUUCCUUUGUAGAUAAAAAUCCUCUUCUAAGAAGCUUUAUUUAAUUGCCAAGUAUAGCAUUAUGAUA